UGGUUAGCAUCGUUGGCAUCCUGAAGGAAACCAGACCAAUCGUGUCCAGCCCACGUGAACCUUGGGAAGUUGGCCCCGUGUAACCGCAUCCUCCAUCCAAUUUUCCGUCUGAUCGGUCCACUAUCCACGGGUGGACAUCAUGGUGGCCAGACGAAACAAGACCUACGCCACGGGCGAGGCCUCCAACUUCAUGACCCGUAAACAUGCCAUGCGCAAACUGCAACUCAAUCUCAAGGAUUUCCGUCGCUUAUGCAUCUUGAAAGGCAUUCAUCCCCGUGAGCCUCGGAAUCGGAAACGGGCUCAGAAGGGCGACAUGACCAAGGUGCAAACCCUGUUCCACGAAAAAGAUAUCCGAUUCUUGCUCCACGAACCCAUCGUGUGGAAGUUCCGAGACUUCAAAGUCUUUGUCCGCAAGUUGAAGAAGGCCACGGCCAAGGGCAACUUUGACGCCGUAGCCCGUCUCAAGGAUAACACGCCCAAAUACAACCUGGACCAUAUCGUCAAGGAGCGCUAUCCCACUUUCAUCGACGCCAUCCGCGAUCUCGAGGAUUGCCUGUGUUUGUGCGCUCUGUACGCCACUUUCCCCAAAAACGCCCGCUUGCCCGUGGAGAUGAUCACGCUGUGUCGCCGAUUGAUGAUCGAGUUCAUGCAUUACGUCAUCGAGGCCAAGGCCUUGCGAAAGGUCUUCGUGUCCAUCAAAGGCUACUACUAUCAGGUCGAGAUCAUGGGCCAGACCAUCACUUGGAUUGUGCCGCACAGUUUUGCCUAUGCCAAGCCCGAGAAUGUGGACCUCAAGCUCAUGGCCAUCUUUGUCGAGUUCUACACCACUAUGUUGGGCUUCGUCAACUAUCGGUUGUAUCACAAGCUCAAUUUGCAGUACCCGCCCAGUUUGGCCGGUUAUGGACAGACCAUGAGUCACGCCGACGAUCAGGAUGCCUUGGGCGAGGAAUUGAGCGAUCGCAUCACGGCCUUGAACCGAUCGUUGGUUCGCACCGUCACGCACACCGAAGAGGAAGACACGCCCAUGGAUGAUAUCCCCAUGGCGGAGGACGACGGUAUGAUGGAAGAGAUCAAGCGCAAAGCGGAGCAGCUCAAGCACCUCACCCACCUCUUCGCCGGCAUGAAGGUGUUCCUGGGUCGUGAGGUCCCGCGUGAGCCCUUGGUAUUCAUGAUUCGGGCCUUGGGCGGUGAGGUCUCUUGGGAUGCCACGGCCGCCCCCGGGUCCACUUUCGGUGAAAGUGAACCCAGCGUCACGCAUCAAAUUUCCGAUCGACCCAAGGAGUCGCUCCAGAUGAGCUAUCUCCAACGGGUUUACGUUCAACCCCAGUGGAUUUUUGAUAGCAUCAACCAAGGCCAAUUGUUGCCCGUGCAAACGUAUUUCGUGGGCGAGGUCCUCCCACCGCAUUUGAGCCCCUUUAUCGCGGAUCGACGCGUGGGCGACUACAUUCCGCCGGAAGAGAAAGAGUUGCUGGGAUUGGCCGAACCCGCCAAAGCCAAAAAGGCGGAAGAGCAGGAGAAGGAAGAAGACGAUUCCGAAGACGAGGAAGAGGACGAUGAGGAGGAGGAGGAGGGAGACGAAGAGGAGUCUGAAGAAGAAGGCGCUCCGAGCAAGAUGAAGGUGGAAUUGGGUAAACCCGAGGUCGUCGACAAAGAGAAGGCCAAGAAAAUGAUGGAAGACGAAGAGUUCAAACUCCGCACCAUGAUGAUCAAGAAGAAACACAAGGGAUUGUAUCGGUCCAUGAUGAAAUCUCGCAAGAGACGGGUCCACGAGACCAAGCAAUUGGAAUGGAAGCGAAAGGAAUUUGAGAACAAACAGAAUCAAGCCGGACAUAAAUCAGCCGAGCCCAAAGGCCCUAAAGCUGUGGGUGGAAAGGCCAAAAAGGCCCAGAAGUAGAAGACCCCAUUUCUUACAAUUCCUUCUCAACUUGUUAUUCGUCCAGAAUGUGAAUUAAUGAUGACAAUAUAGUAAUAACAACACUAGUA